AGUGUCCUCAGGGCAGAGAGCUCAGUGUGUCGGACUCUCCUCACCGAGGUUCUGUCAGCAGUCUGGAGAGAGAAAGUCCUGAACCAGGAGAGGCCAGCGAGGACGAGCCACUGCACUACCAGCCCUACUACCCCCACAGCUACCCCCACAGGAUAAAGCAGCAUCCGUCUGAUCUGGAGGACGAUCUGUGACGCUGCAGCUCAGAUCCCUCCAGGAACAGGAGCUGGGAUCGGUACCAGCUGGGAUGGAAGAAGCUCCGAGGAGGCGUUCAUGGAACCGUGAAGAGCAUCGGACGGACUCUCCUCCUCCUCCGGCCCUGAAUCCGUCUCUCUUCUGCCCGCCACUGUCACUUAUGAUGACAAACUCCCCAACGUGCCCCCCAUACAUCGCUGACUCUGGUCCACUUCUGAUGACAAACUCCCCAACGUGCCCCCCCAUACAUCGCUGACUCUGGUCCACUUCUGAUGACAAACUCCCCAACGUGCCCCCCAUACAUCGCUGACUCUGGUCCACUUCUGAUGACAAACUCCCCAACGUGCCCCCCAUACAUCGCUGACUCUGGUCCACUUCUGAUGACAAACUCCCCAACGUGCCCCCCCAUACAUCACUGACUCUGGUCCACUUCUGAUGACAAACUCCCCAACGUGCCCCCCAUACAUCGCUGACUCUGGUCCACUUCGGAUGACAAACUCCCCAACGUGC